CUGUUUUUUUUUUUUUUUCGGUAGUGUAGGGUUUUAGGUUUAUGCUUGCUGGUUUUAGUGAAAGUUGAAUCUAAAAGAAGUUCGAUCUUCACUCUUCAGAGCUGCAAGUCUCUGCAAUGUUAUGGUGUUUGUGGCUUUAGGAUUACGAGUCCACUUCUAUAGAAGGAAAGUAUCACACGGUCUGUAAAGCUUCUGCGUAAUCAAAUGAUGAGGCAUCUUCAAUCCAUUUGGGCGUCAUUGGCGGGUCGUAGUCGCUCCAGAAUCGCUUCUCGAAACCCUAGUUUUGAUUACCAGACAUUGGAAAACCUCAAUAAUUCUGGGUUUAAUCGAUCGAAAACUUUGAACUUCUCAUCUUAUUCGUUUUCAGAUCUCUUUCGUAGGCGAGAAAUCGUUACUCCGAACGAUCAGUCAUGGAACCUUUCGAGUUUUGUGCGUGAAUAUAGUUCGACCGGACAAGAAUCAAAGGUGGCUCCGACUGAGAGGGUUUCUGCUAUUGUCGAUGAGAUCUCUGGUCUUACUUUGCUCGAAGUUGCUGAUCUUACGGAGGCUUUGAGACAGAAACUCGGUGUGAGUGAAAUGCCCAUCAUGACUAUGAUGAUGCCGGGAAUGGCAUUUGGAGUUAAAGGUUCGGCGAAGGGAGGUGGAGCCUCAAAAGGUGAGGAGAAGAAGGCGGAGAAGACUGCUUUUGAUUUGAAGCUCGAGGGUUAUGAUGCUGCUGCUAAGAUUAAAAUCAUCAAGGAAGUUAGAACUUUUACUGAUUUGGGUCUCAAGGAAGCUAAGGAUUUGGUGGAGAAGGCUCCCACCUUAUUGAAGAAAGGUGUGCCGAAAGAAGAGGCGGAGAAGAUCAUUGAGAAGAUGAAGGAGGUCGGCGCGAAAGUUGUCAUGGAAUAAAAGGUAGCUUUGUUUGUUGUAUUUUUUGGUUCCUCCGAUGAGCUGAACCUGAAUUGGGGUACGAGGUGAAGGAAAUGAUUCUAGGGUAGUCUGGAUACAUUUUACUUCAAUUUUGUCCUCAAACAAAUAGUUCAAAAUUAUACAGGAGCAUUUCCAAAUAAUCCUUCUAAACUCAUUGACUUGGAGUUUUCCAAGAGCGCUUACAUAAAAGAUGAAGGAUUUUGGUUGAUUUUCUUCUCAUUAUGAUUGUUUUUUGAACACAUUGCAUAACUAGGAUUUUUUACAUUUA